AUCGCUGCUCUUUUGAUGCGACAAGCAACGAUCCACCGCAAUCAUGGUAGCUCUAUCAGAAAUCCUCUCCUUCAAUGCGGAAAUCUCAAGCUCGUUCCCUGCCGGCCCUGUUGCGCUCUUCGUCGGGGCGACCAGCGGCAUCGGCGCAGCAACCCUAAAGGCCUUCGCAAAGUAUACCGUGAAACCAAAGGCAUACUUCGUUGGCCGUUCCCAGGAAGCCGCGGAUGCAAUCAUCUCCGAGUGUCAGACGCUUAAUCCAGAGGGCGAAUACAUCUUCAUCGCGGCAGACGUGAGCCUAAUCAAGGUCAUCGAUGAGGUCUGCGCGCAGAUCCAGGCUCGCGAGCCGUAUCUGAACAUCCUCUUCCUCAGCCAGGGUGUUGCGAGGUUUGAUCGUCCUGUAACCGCGGAAAACCUACACCUCGUCGCAUCCCUAGCCCAUUACUCCCGCAUCCGCUUCAUAACGCGCCUCCUCCCCCUUGUCAAAGCCGCACCAUAUCAUCGCCGUGUGGUCACUGUCGGUGGCGGAGGGUUUGAAGGUCCGAUUGACCCCUCGGAUUUUCAAGCACUGCAUAUCCCCCUCGAGCAGCUCCGCGGACAUCUUAUUACGCUCAUCACGCUCGGUCUUGAAGCCGUCGCGAAGAGUGCCCCGCAGGUGUCGUUCAUACAUGAUUACCCCGGGGCAGUGGACACGCCGUUGACGCGGCAGGUGCUGAAGGUCAUGAAUGAGGCUGCUGCGAUUGAUGGCGGCCCGGUUCCGGAGCUGAUUACGGCUGAGGAGAGUGGAGAACGGCAUGUGUACCUGUUGACUAGCCCUCGGUAUCCUGCUGGUGAGGGUGGAGAUGAUACGGCGUCCCUGGGGAAUGGUUCAGCAGAGUCGGACUUUGUUCGUGGGAUAGACGGGAAGCUGGGGAGCGGGGUGUACACGGUUGGCUUUGAUGGCGAGACUGCGCCGGCGGAGACCUUGGAGUUUCUAGCGGAGCUGAGGAGGGAAGGAAUGAUUGAGAGAGUCUGGAAGCAUACUGAGGAUGAGUUUGUCCGUAUUACUGGGGAGAGGGCAUAAUAUAACUAUGGCUCCCGAUGCGAUGCGGAUCGCUGAGAUACAAAGGGUCUAAAUGGAUACACCUGGAUAAAAGUGGCAGGUCGUGAACUGUUUUGAUACAUUCCUAGCCAUUACCAACGCUUAUACCCUGCUUUGGGGAUCUAUCGCGCGUAGAGUGUUACUCGGCAAGACGAGUUCCGCGAACCAUGCGACCGUCUACCAGUUCUUCUGAGACUAAUGGGGAACGUCCCCGCCUUCCAAGGCAGCACAGCUAGAUGCUUACUUUGGCGCAGAUUCCCCGUAGUAAGUCCAUUGUGGCGC